GGGGCGGCCGGGCACGGCGGGGAAGGAGCCGGCGGGGCGGUGCGGAGCCCCCUGUUUUUUUGCAGCGCACCGGCGCCAUGCACCCGGCAGCCGGCGGCUUUCUGCCGGACGAAGAGCCCCUGAUCGAGGAGCCCUCGGUGAACAGGUACAGCCAGCAAAAGCCAAGCGACCGCUUACAUGGGGCCUACAUUAUUUUUUUCCUCCUGGGCAUCGGGUCCCUACUGCCCUGGAAUUUUUUCAUCACAGCAAAGCACUACUGGAUGUACAAGCUGCAAAACUGCUCGGAUCAGGCAAGCCCGGCGGGACAGGCAGCGUCCGAUCUGCGGGUGAGUGUGCUGCUUUCAAGGCAGAAAAAAAAAAAAAGCUGGUUUCCUUCCUAUCUUGCUCUUCUUCCCCCUCCACUCCCCCAGAAGGUGGGUGAACACGCUCUGGAGUUUUGCCUGCUGCAAACCAGGGCUAGUGGUUUAUUUGGGGAGCACAAAUAGUUGCGAGAAAGGUGCUUAAAACUAAAAGGCGUAGCACUUUGUGGUCUGUCUUUUACCUAUAUUUGAAGUGCAUUUAAAGAAUUUGGCUUUAACUGCCCUAUAAGCAAGGCUGCCUUUCGUAGGACAAUUUCUACGGUGCAAGGUAAAAAUCUCUGUGGGGUUUUUGGUUUUUUUUUUGUACUUCAUGCUUGGUGAGCCCUCAGGACCCCUCAGGCCUCUGCGCUUUCCCAGCCGGGCUCGGCCACAGCUCCGCGCGGGCUGGGACAUAAAUUGCCCUGAACUUCUGGCCCUGUGGUGAGGCAUCGAACGUGUUGUAGGCAUUUUUCUCCCUCGCGCUGGCUGGCGCAGCACGCCCUUCGGAGGCAGCUGCGAGGCUUUGCAGGAACGCCAGCCCUGGAGCGCGUGGGCUUGCGAUAGUCUCGAUUCCCUGGAUGCUUUACUGCUUUUCCUUCAAGAUCUGGCAGGUGUGACCGGAGUAUCUCCUUGCAGCGAUAAACAUCUGGCUUUUGGCAUAUGGGAUGAGGAGCUUGUCAUGGGACGAUUGAUGGGCAGGCCUUGGGGUGGCAGGCUGGAUGGCCUCUUUUUUUUUUUUUUUUUUUUUUUCUCUCCCCCAAAAAGCCACCUUCUCUUGCUCCUCCUGCCACGGCAGGACUACUUCCCUGUGCCCCCCUGACAAAGCAAUGCCAUUUCUUUGUGGCUAGAAAAAGUGUCAGCGUGAUGAGGCUGCGUCCCAUCCUCCUCCGGUUGCCGAGCUUGUUCAGGUGGUUUGGGCACAUUUUAUUUUUAUAUAAACACAGAGCCACGUGUGACACCCACGUUUUCUCUCUGAUUUCUCACACCAGUACAGUAUCCACGGCUGUUAAUUCUAAUAGUUGCUAAGCUGGCUGUGUUUUCGAUGGGAAGGACGCAGAGUGUCACCGGCAGCACCUGUACCAGGACGCUGAAGUACCGGCGUGCUGGUGUAAAUUGAGGUACUGGGUGGAUUAAACUGAUGGAGACGAAGUCCCCGUGGUGCCCGAAGACCACAAAUGCUUGCCCCUGUGCUAGCGAGGAUGCUCAGGGAGGGGGGGGCGAAGGGUGUUCCGCCAGCACGCAGCAUGACGUCCUCCCACGUUCCCUGCAUCCCACCCACUCCUCGUGACUUCUGCCUCAGGCUUAUCCAAGGCAGUUCUUGGGGAAAAAAAAAAAAAGUUUUCAAGUGGAAUAAGUAUCACUAGGUGUCUUCUUCCUAAAAACUCGUGCACAGCUGCAUUGCUGGCCAGAGCAGCCAUCGGUUUGUUGAAAAGAUGUUUCUCCUCUUUCUGCGUGGCCCUGCCGCGAUGCUUUUUACUUCCUCCGGUGAAAAGCAACCUGGCUUUUCCAUGGCAGUCGAGUCUGAUCAAAAAUAAACAGUCGGCCCCGUUUCCGCCCCGGAAUGGCGAGCUACGGUGCUGUAGGCUUACCUACAAACGGAGCUCAGCUCCGGAAAGAUGUGCCUGUGCCCGGCAGCCUGCUCUUGGCUCCAGGCUCCUCGCUGCUGCUAAUUUCAUGCCCCGUGCUCCAGGUAACGCUCCGGUGCCUUCAGCUGCCGCCGUGGGCCUGGAUUGCUUUUCCAGCCCGGCAGGAGCCUGGCUGCCGAGUCCAGGCUGGAGCAGAAUAAAAACUACUUUGCAAAGGCAUCUCGGCAAAUCUGGCCGAUGCCGGUGACUAAUUUGCCACCGUGAUGCUUUGUUCUUGUUUGGGUUUUGGGUUUUUUUAAGGUACCGAGUGUGUGCUGUGCAUCACGGCAGCGCGUUUGAAGAUGCUGUCGUUAAUACAGGGUCAAACACCUCCGUGACGCACCUUGGCUCUGCGACUGAGGGAUGACACCCUCUUCUGUGGGAGGCAGGCGUCGGGUUUGCUUUGUGGAUUAUUAUUAUUAUUUAUUAUUAGCCAGGAAAGGUGUGACAGUCUUUCGGCAUCGACAUUUCUCCUUUAAAACCGUGGCGGUGGUGGGGCGCUUGGUCCUUGAGUUGGCCGGUCGGGGAGGGCUCAGCAGAAAGGGAGAAGUAGUAGGUACAACUUGUGUAGCCAACAAUGUGCAUGUCUGUGGUGGGUGGGAGUACCCACGCAGGGAGAAGAGUUACCACCUGGGCUGGAUUAACACCUACCAAGCAGGAGCAUAGCGGUGAGAUGCGGAUGGAGCCCGAUAUUUUCCAUUGGUCCGGGCAUGGAUUAAAUUUGCCACCAGCCAUUCUGCUGCCGCAUUAAACACGCGGUGCGAGGGCUUUCCUUUUUCGCAGGAACAACAGCGAUUGAAACCUUUCUACUUGGCUUUUCUUUUCCAGCAGGGUUUGGCCGUGGUAAAAUCUCCCAGUGCAGUUGCAGGCUCCUCGGUCUCUUAAAUACUUGCCCAGUCCUCUGCCCACCGCUGGUGUGAGCACGUUUGCUGGGGAUGAAUGAAUGUUUCCCCGUGGUGCUCAAAAUGCAGCAUCUCUGCUGGAUUACUUCAAGUCCACUUCUGUUUGGUGGAAAGCGUUAUAAAGUCUUUUUUCCUCCUCGAAAGAAAAAGAAGAUUAAUUUGGAAGUAAUUAAAUAUCCCCGGGCUGGUUUGAGGGUUUGUUUUAAGCAGGUUGGCAAAUAAGUCUUAGUUUUAGCAGCCAGCUUUGCGUUUUGCUUUGUCUUUUCUCCUGUAAUUCAUCAUAUGGCCGUAGAGCUUUGGGGCUCCUGCUUCGCCAAGCCGACGCUGUGCGUGCAGGCAUUUUUGUCUCCAUCUGUAUGGACCCUCUAGGAGCGAUUAUUAGAUUUCCCGUCGCUUACAGUAAAGCUCCUGAUAGGGAAGAAUAAACGAACGUGCUUGUAAACUGAUUAAAAGACUACGAUGUAAAGCUGAAAAAAAAAAAAAAAAAAGGUAAGUAACAUGCAGAGAAAACGUGCCGAGUGCCUUCUCGUGCUCGGACGCGAUGCGGCCCCGUGUCUGUAGCUAGGUAACUGCAGAAAAUGAAAGCCGAUCGCGAUGGGGGUGGAUAUGUAGGUCAUCCUCUUUGCGAGCGUCGUCCUACCUGCUGGCUGAGGUUCCUGCAGAAAAAACAGAGGAUUAAGCACCUCGAGGGGAGGAGAUGGAGCAGACACACUUUAACGGCAUGAUACAGAAAAUGGAUUGAAAACGUAAGCGCUUGGCUGCAAUCUUGGCAGAGAAAUCUCUCUCUCUCUGCUGUGGUUAUUGCUUUCUGCGUGCCCAGCCUGACCCCUGGGCGAGGCGGGCUGGGGAAUAUUGACUGAUGCUGCAGCCGACUUGCUCGGAUGGUAUACGAGUCCCCAGAGUAAGCGUGCGUUGAGUCUCAAUAUAGUUUCUCAAUGAGUUUCGUGUGCGCAGAGAGGGAGACCGGGAGGGAAGAUAACGUCCCCGUGUCCUCACUCGGGCUGCUUUUGCUCAAGCAAGUUCUCAGGUGUGGUGUCCCGCUCACUCUGCGUGGAGAGGGAUGCACGGCUUUGCUAGCCGUCGUGGGCUUUCGAGGCUCUUGGCUAAUCAUAUUAACGCUUUUGUGUCCCAAUUUAUAAAAACCAGCCCUCAUGGAGCUCAAGUAGGUUGAAAUGUUCAGGGGGUUUGUCCAGGAUGCCAGAGCCAGCAGGAGAAAUUCAGACUUCCUUGUUUCAGAACUUUUUUGAGAGUUACAUCUCCAUCGCUUCAACCGUGCCCUCGGUGCUAUGCCUGAUCGGAAACUUCUUGCUCGUCAACAAGGUGCCCGCCAGCGUCCGGAUCCUGUCCUCCCUCUUUGUCAUGCUGGUCGUCUUCCUGGUGAUCACGAUGCUGGUGAAGGUCGACACCUCCGCCUGGACCACCGGCUUCUUUGCCCUCACCAUCGGCUGCGUGGUGGUCAUCAGCAGCGCCUCGACCGUCUUCACCAGCAGCAUCUUCGGUCUGAGCAGCCUCUUCCCCAUGAAGAACUUGCAGGCGCUGAUCUCGGGCCAGGCCAUGGGCGGCACGAUCAGCGCCAUCGCCUCCGUGAUAGACCUGGCGGCAGCGGCCGAUGUUACGGACAGCGCCCUGGCCUACUUCCUCACCGCCGACAUCUUCAUCGUCAUCUGCAUCAUGGUGUACCUCCUCCUUCCCAGGCUGGAGUACUCCAGGUAUUACAUGAGCAGCCUGAAGCAGAGCCCGUCUCUGGCCACUGUGCUGCCCAACAGCUCCAUGGAGGCUGAGGCCAAGGCAGGAGGCACCACAAAUACCUCCUUCCUCGCAAAAAGCACAAGCAUCCCCCCGCUCCGCCCCAUCCUGCAGAAGACUGCCCUCCUCGGCUUCUGCCUCUUCUACGUCUUCUUCAUCUCCAUCAUCAUCUUCCCUUCUCUCUCCUCCAACAUCGAGUCAGUCAGCAAGUCCUCGGGAAGCCUGUGGAGCACCAAGUACUUUACGCCCCUCACCAGUUUCCUCCUUUACAACUUUGCCGACUGGUGCGGGAGGCAGAUCACCGCCUGGAUCCAGGUGCCCGGCCCCAGGAGCAAGCUGCUGCCCGCCCUCGUCCUCCUCAGGACCGUCUUCCUCCCUCUCUUCAUCCUCAGCAACUACCAACCCCGGGCUCACAUCCGGACGGUGGUCUUCAACCUAGAUGUCUACCCAGUGGUCUUCACGGUGCUGCUGGGGCUGAGCAACGGCUAUCUGGGGACGCUGGUCAUCAUCUACGGCCCCAAGAUCGUGCCGAAAGAGCUGGCCGAGGCGGCGGGGGUGGUGAUGACGUUUUACCUCAUGCUGGGCCUGGCCGUGGGGUCCGCCUGCUCCGUUCUCAUUGUCCACCUCGUGUAGGGGAGCAGCUGCAGGGGAUGCCCUCGGUUUGCGGCGCUGCUGUUUGGGUACUUAGGUUUGGGUUUUUCCCCCCCAAAAAGCCAGGCGCGCUGUGGUUUUGGGGCAGGCUGCCUGUCUUGGGUUGGGGGUGAGUCGCAUCCGGGGGAAAGCCCUCCUCCUGGGAAGGGGUGUCCCCUGUGCUUGGGAUGUCCCGUCAGACCUUUGUCCCUCCCCACCUUGACCGGAGCAAACGGACCAAAAAAAAAAAAAAAGUCUUGUCCUCCCCAGGGAGCUCAGGGAAGCACCUGGGGGUCACAAGGAAACCUGUCCCUCACCCCAGUGCUGGUGGGCAAGGGUGGCUUGCUGGUGCCACCACGCUGGUUUUAAGCUGAAACUGGGGGGGUUUUGACGGCACCUUGGGUUUUGCUGCCUCAUUGUUGCGAGUUCAGCCCUGCAGUGUUCUGGUGGUCUCAGGGGCAUCACCCUUCAUCCAGCUGUGAUGGUGGUGUUGGGCUAAAGGGAAUUUGAGCCCUGGAGCACCUUCAAGUGGCUAGCAGGGCACCAUUUAGGCGGGGAUUUCAUAAAUUCAUGCCACAAAAAAGCAUAUAUAAGGGAAACCUGUCCACUUUGACUUCUGCUUGCUUUAAUUUUUCCAGUUAAGAUUGAAUUGAAGGAUCAUCCACCUCCUGGCACGGUGCUACUAGUGCCAAGGCUGUAUGUCGUGGCCAGCCGGAGACCAUUUCUCCUGCUGUGACCGCGGCGUGAUGGUUGGGGAUGCCAACUUGCACAUCUGCAACCGUACCUCAAAGGAGGCAGAAUGCUAAGUGGUCCCAACCUGAGGUUUUUAAGGUGCCUUUAUUCUGCGCUGAGAAAGGUCUAUAAAAGCCGGGGAGAAGUAUUAGAGGGGCUCGGAUGUGAUGUUCGCAGCAGAAAGCUGAUUAAUUUAGGUAGACAGGCGGCAUAUGGUCUCCAGAUGCUUUCGGAGGGGUGAGCCACUGUGACACCCAAAAAGAUGGCCCACCCAGAGAGGACUGGCUUUUAAAGUCACUUAAGCUUCCAUGUGCAAAUGCAGCCUGGACUUAAUACAAUUAUUGUAUUUAUUUUCGCAAAUUGGGUGGAUUUAUGGUCUAGGAGGGGUGAACCGGUAAGCAAGGAUGUAAUGGUAUAACUUGGCAUUGCAGCUGAUGCCUCAGGGAUGCUAUCGAUGGAAAAUACUUCCUUUAAGUCUGGGUUAUGAGCAGAUGCUCUGUUAGUGGGAUGCUCUCUCGGCAUCUCCUCCUCGACCGAGUAGCAGUGAAGCUACUGCGGGUGGUGGGGGUGUUUUUUUAUAGAAAUCCUUUCCGGUGUUUAGUUUGGUCUCGUUGGCAAUGCACGCACAGUUUUGCUUUAUGGCUGAUUUUUAUUUAAACAUAAAAUCCAGACAGGAGGGGAAAAUUUACAGGGUGUGCGGUACCGAGGAGCAGCUCUACGGCACGGGACUUUGCACGUGCGGGCUCUUAAUCUUGUCGCUUCGGCAGGUUUGCGGCCCUUCAGCCCCCGACGCUUGGCCAGGGGCUGCUUUGGCCAGUGUUGACCCAGGUGAAGGUCCACCUCAGCUUGAAGGGCAGCUGGUGGCAACUGGAGCGUUACUUGGGGUAAUGCAAUAGUCACUCGUGGUUGAAAAACCCAAGGCAACCUCGUGUUGGCCACCGAAACAUCCCUUUGUGGCCUUCAGUGCUUCCUACUUGAGAGCCUGCGCCGUGGUCUGCUCUCCUCAACUCAUGCGUUUCUCCCGGUCCCAAGUACGAUGAGAUUCUGCUCGUUUUGCUGACUGCUCCGUCAUGUUACAGACCAAAUACCUCUUGAAACAAAACUUAAUUAUCCGGUACUGUUGCUAAUAAAGUUAAUUCUCGAUACCGUUCAA